AUGUUCGAUGACGGUGCGCACCACACACCUUAUAGCGGUGCAAAUGUAAAGCGCGCCCAGAGCGCUACCAAUACCACCACUCUAGAGCCCUACGACUAUGUCAUUGUCGGCUCUGGAGCUGGUGGUGGACCUCUCGCAGCCAGGCUUGCUCUCGGUGGCUACAAGGUCCUUCUCCUCGAAGCUGGCGGUGAUGAGACCAACAGCUUACAGUACAGAGUACCCGUCUUGCACGCUGUUGCUGCCGAAUACAAGGAAAUGGCAUGGAACUACUAUGUCAAGCAUUUCGAUGAGGAAGCAGAGAUGAGGAUGGACACCAAGCUCACCUACAAGCUACCUGAUGGUUCUAUGUACACUGGCGCCAAUCCCCCUUCCGGUGCCACGCCCCUCGGCAUCCUCUACCCACGUGUUGGUAGUUGGGGUGGUUGUACUUCUCACAAUGCCCUUAUCACCCUCUACCCGUACGAGAGUGAUUGGGAGCACAUUCAGCGUAUCACAGGCGAUGACUCUUGGGCACCAAGCCAGAUGCGGAAGUACUUCACACGUUUGGAGAAGUCGCGCUAUCUGCCUAGCAGCAUUGUUGGCCAUGGAUACGAUGGCUGGCUCACGACCUCGGUCACUGACUUGACCUUGAUUGCGCAAGACGCCAAGGUUAUCUCACUCGUCCUAGCUGCUGCCAGUGCUAUGGGCAAAGGUCUCAUCUCAUCACUUUUGAGUACAGCCACUGGCCUCGCUUCGGUUCUUACUCGCGACUUUAACCGCCCGGGCAAGUCUCGCGAUCAGCAAGAAGGUCUGUGGCAAAUUCCUCUCGCCAUGAAGGUCCCGGAAUACGAACGCGCUGGCCCCGUUGACUUCAUGCGUGAUGUCGUAAAUGCGAAGAACAGGGAUGGAAGCCGCAAGUACCAUCUCGACAUUCAGCUCAACACUUUGGUCACCAAGGUCAACUUCGCCCAGGUAAACGGCAAGCCCAAGGCCACUGGUGUCGACUUCUUGACCGGAAAAUCGCUCUACGCAGCAGACCCAAGGCACGACCCCCAAACCCACAAGGGUACCAAGGGAUCCGUCAAGGCUACUCGCGAGGUUAUUCUGUCUGCUGGUACCUUCAACACCCCUCAACUCUUGAUGCUCUCCGGCAUUGGCCCCAAGGACGAGCUCACGCGCCACAACAUCAAGGUUAUCAAGGAUCUCCCCGGUGUCGGCAAGAACCUUCAGGACCGCUACGAGGUUCCAGUCAUGGGCGAAGCCCCUUCCAAGCUUGCCCUACUCAACGGUUGCACUUUCCUUGAAGGCGAAGACAAGUGCCUUGAAAAGUGGGAGAAGCUUCCUCUCGGUAUUGGCAAGGGUGCCUACGCUACCAACGGUGUCGCAAUUGCUUACACUAAGAGGGCUUCCAACACCAUCAAUGGCAACGCUGAUCUCCUUAUUGCAGGUUGGCCCGCUGCUUUCAAUGGCUACUACCCCCAUUUCUUCAAGAAUGCUACGAAGGGCGGAAACCACUGGACAUGGCUCACUCUCAAGGCUGAAUCUCGCAACAACGCUGGCACCGUUACUCUGCGCAGCUCCAACCCCCAGGACGUCCCCGAGAUCCAGAAGAACAACUUCAAGGUUGGCGGUGACGAUGAUCUCCAGGCCUUGCUUGAAGGAAUGAAGCACAGUCGCAAGAUCUUCAACGAUCUCAUUCCUAUUGACGGCAAAUUCAAGGAAAUCUGGCCCGGCACACAUGUCAAGACCGACGAGCAGUUGAAGGAAUUCGCCAAGUAUCAGGCUUGGGGCCACCACGCUUCUUGCUCUUGCCCUAUAGGCGCCGACAAUGACCCGAUGGCUGUUCUCGACAGCAACUUCAAGGUACGCGGUGUUGAGGGUCUCCGUGUCGUGGAUGCUUCCGCCUUCGCCAAGAUCCCUGGUACUUUCAUUGUGGCUUCCAUUUACAUGAUCUCCGAGAAGGCAUCCGAUGUCAUUCUUGCGGCAGCUAGGUCUAGUCGCUAA